UCGCAUUGAGUUCGGAGUCCAACUGAGCGGCAGGGGAGGGAGGAAGGGCGCCGGGUGUCUCGAACGUCGUUGCCUGGGGCGGACCGUUGCAGAAUCUUCCGAACUUUCACCGCGGUCGCAACAAUUAUCAACCACUAAAUUCGAUCAGCAAAGGAGAAACAGAGAAACGGCAAAAAUGGUUUACGAAAGCGACUUCUACACGACCCGGCGUCCCUAUUCUCGACCCUUGGCGUCCUCCUACACCGUAACGGGCCCUACGAUACUACCUCUAUCCACCGUGAUUCAGGUGAGUUCCUACCCCCACUUGCCGUACCGGGCGCACAAACGUUUGGUGACGUUUGUCCACACACCAAUUCACAGCGUCUACCACACCGGAACACCGAUACCGAUCAGGAUCCACUCGAGGGUGAGGCCCUCCGUAUUGGCCGCGGAAUACAACAGGAUACGAGACCUCCCCAGGCCCUCGAGCAGGUCCUACACCGAGAGAUACCUGAACUCGAAAGACAACAUCUUCUUCGACGACGAGACGCGUCGCAUCCGGGCAAGGGCGGACUCCCUCCUCCGACGCAUCCACGUCUUCGUGCCGAGGCCCUCGGCGAGCGAUUUCCACGAAGAUACCGACCCCGAGCGACUGCUAAGCGACGAUUACAUCCGGCGUCUCCUGGGAGCGCGUAAGAACGUCCGCAAGGAGAUCGAGUCCGCCUCAUGGUACGCGGCACCGGAGCAACGCGGCCUAGGCAAGGGAAACCUGGCCUGCGUCGAAUACGUCGGCGGUAGGCCGCACUCCCGUAGGAGGCCUUACUUCAAGCUCGCCGACCUCAGGCCCGUCGACAUUCAGAACGACGUUAAUCUGCUAAGUUUCUACAGUAAAAAUCGGCAGGCUGCCGCCAACGCUUCUCCCGCCGGUCAUCUCACCGAAAGGGAAAUAAGAAAGGCGCGAGCGGUUGAACCGGAACGGAUCCCGACAUCCGACCCGGUCGACACCGUCCCGGAGGAGGCUGAUCCAGAAAAGUCAGGUGCAUCUCUCGAAACCCCCGAAGCCCCCGAACCAGCCGCCGCGAUCGAACUCGAGGAGAUCGUCGGCAAGAAGAAGGAGAAAAAGGAGAAAAGAAAGGACAAAGAGGUGAGGAAGGCAGCCGACGAGGAGGCUCUGAGGAAGGCGGAAGAGUACCUCGCGAGGCAGGCGGAGGAGGCGAGACUGGAGGAAGAGAGGAGGCUGAUCGCGGAGGAAGAACGUCUGCGGCUCGAACGUGAGGAAGAAGAGGCGCGAUUGGUUCUGCAGAAGGCGCAAGACGAAGCUCGUCUCGCGGAAAUAGAGGAGCAAGAGAGGAGGGCGGCGGAGAGGAGGGAGGCGGAGGAAAAAGAGGAAGCGGCUCGUUUGGAGGAAGAAAGAAUAGCGGAAGAGGAAAGAGCGACUGCCCUGGCUGCGGAGGCUGCGGCGUUGAUCGAGGAGGAGAGACAAGCGGCUAUCAAGGCGUUGGAAGAGGAGCAAAAGAAACGAGAGGAAGAGGAGCUUCUCGCGGCGGAGAACGCUGCUGCCGAGGCGGAAGGUACGGCGGGAUCGCUUCCGGUCGAGGAGGCGGAGGCGACCGAGGAGACCCAACAAGAGCAAGAGGAGAAGCCCGUCGAAACGGUCGUCAACGAGGAGCCCGAGAUCGACGAGGUUGAGGUCGCCGAGGAGGACGAGGCGGUCUUGGACGAAAACGUCGUACAAGAACCCGUGGAGGUCGAGGCCGGCGACGGUCAACCGACGGACGAGGCGAUCGUCCAGGUUACGGACGUCCCGCAGGUCGCCGAGGUCCCCUACGGUCCCGACGACAACAUUUGGGGCGACAACGAAGACGCGUAAAAGCCCCCCCCCCUCCGCACGCCCACGCCGAAAUUCAUAAGAUAUAAUUACGAUAUUUUGUACACCCGCCAUAUACCCGAUAUACCGAUAAUGUCUGUUGAAUACCUACGCACGAGCUGAUCGUCGCCGUUGAUUUCUAAUCGUACAGGGACGUUUCGAGAGAAAUGCCCCCGUGGUACGCAAGGUUGAAGAAUAAAGCCGACUCGUUACACAUCCA